UCAAGGAAGUUGUCUGGCUGGGAAAAUAUUGUUUGCAUGAAGCACAAAGUCCAUAGGGAAGUGGUUCCUGGGUGAGGAGACUUAAGGUUUUUGUUAUGGUCUGUCGGACAUAAGAAGGACAAAUUCAGUCAUGUGGUAAUACAUUUACCUGUGUUUUGUACACUGGGAAUAUUGGUUUGCUGUUUUUCGGGAGUGUUAUUAUCUGCAGACAAUGGAGCUGACUGGAUUAAACCGUACAGAUUCUGCCACAGCAGGGCAAGGUUACUACAGCGCUGGGCAGUCUCUACGGUUACGGAGACUUUCGUCCCGCGUGUCCAAUCAGAACGCUACCCCUCACUUUGACUGGGGCAGCUCUCGUGAGGGUGGUGAAGAUGGGAAUGAGGAAGAGCCCCAAAACGUGAGGGAGCUGCCCAUGCCCUUCGGCCUGAGGAAGGCAGUCAGGCAGGUGCAGCAGAUGCGUAUUCCUGUGGCCUCCAGGAGGAUGAGGCAGUCUAGAGCCCUGAAGCGCUUCUCUGCAGAGGCCAAAAACGCUCUGGCAUUGGUCACUCUCUGGAGGAGAGCCAUACACCAGAUAGGGGGACACUUUGGCGGGGGUGUCCAGUCCUACUUUGUGUUCCUGCGGUUCCUGGUCGUCCUGAACUUCCUGUCCUUCCUGCUGAUAGCGGCGUUCGUCCUCAUCCCCGGCAUCGUCUUCCACUCGCUCGAUCUCAGCAGCAGCGUGCCACAGUUGCCCAAUAGUACCAACAUCACAGGAAAGGAGGAGUGCAUGGUCUAUGAUCCCAACCCAGGGGCACUGACAGUGUUCUACACAUACUUCCUGGAUCUACUGUCAGGAACAGGCUUUAUGGAGUACUCCUACAUGUUCUACGGGUACUACAACAACACAUUGGUAGUAGCCAAUGGCUUUUCCUAUAACAUCCCUCUGGCAUAUCUGCUGACUGCCUCCUUCUACUUCAUAUUCUGUUUCAUAUGUAUCAUUGUGAGGAUGGGAGGUGUGGCACGAGUUGCCGUGACAACAGGUGGAGGCGCUGCCAGAAGUUACAGUAUGAUGGUGUUCACUGGUUGGGAUUAUGGUCUCCAAGGAGACCGUGCCACCAAGCUGAAGAAGAACAACAUUCGCUACCAGCUGCAGGUGGAUCUGGAGGAGGAAAGGAUUAAACUGAAGACUCAGUCCCAGACUCUUCUCCAGACAGUGGGCUUGUACUCAUUGCGUGCCUUCCUGAACCUCGUCGUCAUCGGACUCAUCAUAGGAGCCUUUUUUGGCAUUACUUUGGCAACACGUUACAGCCAGGAGACGGAUAAAACGCAAAAUGGGAUUCUGGACCUUCUGCUAGAGUACCUGCCUUCCAUUGUCAUCACAGCUAGCAACUUUGUUGUGCCCUUCCUGUGUGACCAGAUCGCACUACUAGAGAAACACAGCCCUAGCACCACCAUCAUCCUGGCCCUGCUCAGAGCAGUGUUCCUGCGGCUGGUCAGCUUGGGCGUGUUGUUGGCCACUCUAUGGCUCAACAUCACCUGUAACUCAAAGCCAGAUGAAUGCAUUCCCUGUGGAUACAACUACGGCCAAUAUCAGUGUUGGGAGACUCGUGUAGGACAGGAAAUGUAUAGGCUGGCGCUAUUUGACUUCCUGACGACCAUUGCCGUGCUGAUUCUGGUGGAGUUCCCUCGACGGAUGGUGGUGGACAAUUGUUCCUGGAAACUGAUCAAGUGGGUGGGACGUCAGGAGUUCCUGGUGCCCCCCAAUGUCCUGGGUCUGGUAUAUGCCCAGACGGUGGUGUGGACAGGAACUCUCUUCUGCCCCCUCUUGCCUUUGGUCAACACCAUCAAGCUCAUCAUCAUCUUCUACUGCAAAAAGGUCACCCUGUUCCAUAACUGCCGCCCAGCGACGAAGACCUUUCGCUCCACCAGCUCAAACAUCGUCUUCUUCCUGGUUCUGAUGUUUGGGUGGAUUCUGGCCACCACUGUUCUGAUCUACAGUAUAGCUGAACUUCACCCAUCCUUUGGCUGCGGUCCUUUCCGGUUUUCCUCAACCAUGUGGAGCACCAUUCCCAACUCAUUCCAAGGCCUGUCCAACACGACUCAGGAGUUCCUGCGCUACGUUGGCUCCCAGGCCUUCUCAAUCCCCCUGUUCAUCUUCUCCUGUGUGCUGCUGUGUUAUGUGGCAGCGGUGGCAUCUGUUUAUGGCAAGAGCGUGGCUCUGCUCAGAACACAGCUACAACUGGAGGGGCGUGACAAGCAGUUCCUGGUCAAGCAGAUCGAGGAGCUCACCCAGAAGCUUGGUAUACCAAAGCAUGACAGGGAUCCCAUGGUCCUCAGCCACGGCGGAGCUCCCUGGGAGCAGCAGCAGGACGGCCACAGCUAAACUGCACCUCGGCGCCCUCGUGCUUUGGGACUGAGACCCAAGAGCUGUUCAUCACUCCAGCUGACACUCAGAAACAUGUGAAUUUGGAGAAAUUACUUCAGAAAUCAUUUCACUGUGUAAUCCCUGUGGAAAGAAAGAGUUGACAAGAACCUUCUAUAUAAACCUUCCUACAGUGGCAAAGGGAUUACAAUAUUUUACACACGUAGCAUAAUGUAGCAUAAACUGUGCAAUAAAAACAAUCUCAAGAAAUGUGUUAAAUACCUA